AUGGUGCGCUUCAAAAAUCGCUGGCUUCUGCUUUCCGUCUCGUUGGAAGAAGGCAGCAGCAGCAGCAGUGCCUCUUCUCUGGACGGGGGCAGUCUAAUCCGUUCACUGCGUCGAUCGCUCGAGGAUAACUUCGGUUCCCUAAGUUCGAGCACGCUAGGCGGUUCGCUAGCCUGCCGGUAUUUCAAUCCCAGAACUGGCAUAGCCAUUGUGAGGUGCGCAAGAUUGGGUAGCGAAACGAUUUGCGCUUCGGCUUGUCUGAUCGCGCAGAUCGAGGGAAGGAAGACAAAGAUUUGUGUAAAGAGGUGCGCGGGAACGAUCCAAAAGGUUCAAAUGGAGGCCAUUAGGAUUUCCAAGAGGGAGAUUGCGAAGGAGAGUGCUAGACAGAGGGCAAAGAGGAGAGAGAUGGAUGUUAGAUUGAGAAGCUUCGGAGAGCAAGAAGAGGAGGAGGACACGGGAAGUGUGAACUUGCUGCAACCUCAGCAGACGGAACGAAGCACGACACGCGCACCCGUGACCGAACAAGAUGACUUGACUGCCGAAGGAUUCGACAUGCUGCAGGAAGCUAAGAGAGAGAUUCAAGCUAUCAGAUCUUGA